UAGACCAACAGGGAAAACGUUACAUCAAAAUAAGGAAGAUAUCUAAACUAUUUCACUUCUCGAGCUGUUGCAUGCAGGAUGCUGGCUCUUCAAUGUUCGUUAAAAGUUUUGGUCAUCAUUUUGACCAUCCAUAUGCAUGCUGGGAUAUUAUUACCGACAAUUUCUGACAAGUGCCUGGCCUGUAUUUGUCACGUAGAAUCAAGAUGUAAUAGGAACAUAGGUUGCCGUUGGGAUGUCGGAUCGGACUCCUGUGGACCACUUCAGAUAAAAGAAGUGUUCUGGAAAGAUUGUCAUCGACCGGGAGGCGGUUAUAAACAGUGUGCGAAUGACUACAAUUGUGCAAAGAGAUGUACACAGGCUUUUAUGAAACGUUAUGGGGGCAAGACAUGUGGAACGACCUGUGAAGAUUACGCACGCAUGCACAAUGGAGGUCCAUCUGGCUGUAAGAAAAGUUCCACUAACUGGUAUUGGAACAAAAUCAAGGAGGCAGGCUGCAACAGACAUAGCUAAAUUUACAAUCAUGUAUCAACUCGCCGCCAAACAUGAUGCAAUUUGUUAGUCUUUCUUAAUUUUAUGCUUGAUCAUAUAUUCCAGAAGUAUAGCAAAAUAUGAAUUUUUAAAUAGUUU